CAUUGAACCCCUUUUCGCUACUCUCUCUCUCUCCGGCGAGAGAAAGUAAGCCUUCUUUUUUCCAAAUAUUAAUACCACUUUCUUGGUUGAUCAAAGUGUCAAAUUUUCAGUAACAAAAAAAAUAGUAACUGAUCCAUAAUAUUACUAACUAUUUUGAAUAAAGUAUCUUUAAGUUCAUUUCCAAGAAUUGUGAAAUUCAAAUUUUGAAUAAAGUAUUUUGCAGUUUCUUGGGAUUUUGAAUAAAGUGUUUUGUGGGUUUAUCGUAAGAAUUACAAUGUGGGGGAAUAAGGAUAUGUCUCCAGCGAGGGGUUUCUUGACCCCACCGCCGAAAUGGGGAUCGCCGGUGUUGGAGAAGAAUCAGAGGUGGCCAAGUUAUGCACAGAGUGCUAAAGCUGAUCUUUUUCAUGUCAUUCAUAAAGUUCCUGCUGGUGAUUCUCCUUAUGUCAGGGCUAAGCAUGUUCAAUUAAUUGAUAAGGAUCCAAGCAAGGCAGUUUCUCUUUUCUGGGCAGCAAUUAAUUCCGGUGAUAGAGUUGAUAGUGCCCUGAAAGAUAUGGCAGUUGUAAUGAAACAGUUGGAUCGUUCAGACGAGGCAAUCGAAGCAAUAAAGUCAUUUCGAAAUCUCUGUCCUCCCGAGUCUCAGGAGUCCAUUGACAACAUCUUGAUUGAACUCUACAAGAGAUCUGGCAGGCUCGACGAAGAGAUUGAGUUGCUUGAACUGAAAUUGAAGAACGUUGAAGAAGGCAUAGCGUUUGGGGGGAAGAAAACUAAGAUUGCUAGAUCUCAGGGAAAAAAGGUUCAAAUCACAAUUGAAAAGGAGUACUCGAGAUUGUUGGGGAACUUGGCAUGGUCACACAUGCAACUGAAGAACUUUAAAUUGGCGGAGGAGUACUAUAGAAAAGCACUCUCACUCGAAUCAGAUAAGAACAAGCAAAGCAAUCUAGCAAUCUGUUUGAUGCACAUGAACAAGAUUACAGAAGCUAGAUUUCUGCUUCAAAGCAUAAAAGCUUCUGAUAGACGGCAGAUGGAUGAAUCAUGCACCAAAUCCUUCGAGCGUGCCACUCAAAUGCUAGCUGAGUUAGAAUCUCAUGGUGCUCGGAACACUAAGGAACAGGAGGAAGAGACACAAGAGGUGAGGAUAGGAUCUUCCACAUCAGAUGGACAUGAUCGCAGGAGACAUGAGAGGACACAUUUACCUCCAUUUUCUGCUUCUGGACCUUCAAAGCACUUCUUUACACAACCAAGAAGAUUUUCAUGUUCACUCAAUGACGACAAGUGGAACACUAAGGACUCUGUUAGUCCCUGUAGUCGAAGAUUGCUAUUUGAGCAAACAGCAAAUAAUGAGAAUGUGCAGUCAGUUGUGGACCAUAAUUUCAACAAGCUCACUUCUGCCGAUGAGAUGAGCAAAAGAGCGUCCUUUGUACGUGGACAAGUGUUCUCUAGGUCAUGGGAAAAUGACGCUAACGUGGAAAGUGAAUGUGGUGAUAUGCAGCCACUUCACUGCAAAUGGAAAAACAACACUUCCGGAAAUGAUGGAUCAGAUAAAAUUUCCCUAGAGUUGUCUAAUCCUCCCACAGAAUCAUUGGCUGAUAAUAAUAUCAGUGCAAGAAAAUUUUCUGAAGAUGGGGGUAAAGAUUGUCGGAGUCCCAGUUUGAGAGACAUGGUGACGUUUACCAAUGAACACUUGGGGGGGAGUGCAAACUUGAAACCUUUAGACUUGGCUGCAAGUAAAAGCAAGAAGAGUUGGGCAGAUAUGGUGGAAGAGGAUGAGCUAGGUUUGCAAUUUCAUGAAACGCCAGGCAGAUACUCCGAUGGCGAUGAGAAUGUUGAUUCCAAUAUUAUUAAUCUUAGCCAAAGCAUUGAUACAACAUUGUGUCUGAGUGAAGGAUAUCAUACACAACCUGGACGAGAAGUGAGGUGUUCCUUUUGCUUUGAUCAGAAUGACAGAAAAGAAAAUUGUUCAUAUAAAUUUCUGGGGAAAGAGCUUGAGUUUGGAAGCUUGAACUCCUUGCCACCACCGAUAGGAGACAUUGCUGAUCAAACUCCAGUCAAGUUGAUGCGCAGGAACAGAUUGCAAGUAUUCAGAGAUAUAACUCCUGAAAGUCCUAAACCUUGAACUAUUAUCAUGUACAGAAAUAAAUAGUCAAUACUGUAAAUGGAUGCUGUUAUUUUGGUGAAUGCUAGUCCUAAACCGUAAGUUUCUUGGCCGAUCUUAUGAUGAUUGUUUUGAUGACUGCUAGACGUAUCACGCUAGCCUUGUGUAACGUGUUUUGGUAUUUGUAUAAAUUUUUUCCUUCUAUAUGUCACACCCUUUUUCGCCCGAGGAUCGAACUCGAAGGGUUUUUCCAAUUAAAGUGAUGAUAUUGAAUAAAAAUUAUUUUAAUUUA